UUACAUUGAUUUUAUCUACACAAAAGAAUUAUCCAUGAUUAACUUACUUAAGCACAAGGAUCGUGAUCAGCUCACAGAGUGGAUUGGUGCAGAAUGUUACUUCCAGCUUCUAUAUAAAAUAACGAGGGAUGGCGCAUCGGGACAAAAGUUCCAUAAACUGUGUGAUAAUAAGGGACCCACAGUGACCGUCUUCUACAACACAGACAACAAUGUUUACGGGGGAUAUCUGUUUGAAAGUUGGCACUAAAGUAAAACCUGGAGUAAAGACGAAAAUUCCUUUUUGUUUCAGUUAUAUCAAAGAGGCAAAUGGAAAGCUAAAAAAUUUCCCUCAAUCGUGGACCAAGGAAAUAAUUUUUGGGGGAGCAUUGACCAUGGUCCAUGGUUUUAUGAUUUGCAUUCUUUUCAUCAGAGUGUUGAAAAAACAUCGGGGUUCUACGUAUUAGAUGGUAGCGAUUUCUUUCGCGGUGAUCGUUAUGAUAUGGAAGGAAAGAAUGCGCAGACAAUCGCAAAUAAUCAUAACAAUGUCGUGGACCUUGAAGUUUAUCUUGUCAAAGGGACCCUUGAUAGACCAUGGAGGGAUCCACCACAAUGGAAUUCGCAGUUUUCCAUUGAAAUCAAGUCCCUUAUAUCUAACUAUGAACCAUUUGAAGACGCACAAACCCCGGUAUCCAAUAUACUGCUAAUUGGACAGAGUGGCUCUGGAAAAUCAAGCUUUGUCAACACUAUUAACAGUAUUUUCAAAGGGAAAAUUUCAUCCAAAGCAUGCACAGGACGUAGAGUUAAUAAUCAAAGCCUUACAAAAGAUUUUAUGAGAUACAUAAUCCGGGAUUCUGCUGAAAAGAAAAAUCUGAAGUUCAGAAUUUGUGAUACGGUGGGAAUAGAUACAAACCAAACAAGUUUGAGUAAAUGGAUGAAUGACAAAGAUUUAGGAUACAUGCUGGAUGGAAAUUUACCAAAUCAGUAUACGGUAAUUUAUGCUCUUAACAAACAAAAUUCCUAA